UCUAUUGGGUUCUCUGCGCGCGAGGCCCUGUGGGAUAGAAAGGGCGGAGAGCAGCAGAACCCUGUGUUUUCGGAAGGAUGGGAACUACACUUCCCAAAAGGUUCUGCGGUCCAGAGUCAGCGGCCUUCAGAGGGACCCCGUUAGUGUUAGCGCAGUGGGGGAUCUGCCCCGGCCGGAUGUAGGUACGGUCUUGGCUCCUGGCGGGUGGGGCGGCCCAGUGGGGGUCGUGCCUCCUGGAGCCGCCCCCGGGACGCGAGUCCUGGCGGAGGCGAGGGUUCCUUCAGUUGCUGAGAAGACUAUGAACAGAUCAGAGAACUUGUGCUUUACUGGCUCCUCAUUAGCAUCCCAAGUUCAUGCUGCUGCUAUUAACGGAGAUAAGGGUGCUCUUCACAGGCUCAUCAUAGGAAAUGCUGCCCUUAAAGACAAAGAGGAUCAAUUUGGGAGAACACCACUUAUGUACUGUGUGCUGGCUGACAGACUGGACUGUGCAGAUACGCUCCUGAAGGCAGGAGCAGACGUUAAUAAAACGGACCAUAGCCAAAGAACAGCCCUCCAUCUUGCAGCUCAAAAGGGAAAUUAUCGUUUCAUGAAACUCUUACUCACACGUAGAGCGAAUUGGAUGCAGAAGGAUCUAGAAGAGAUGACUCCUCUGCACUUGACCACCCGACACAAGAGCCCCAAGUGUUUAGCACUUCUGCUGAAGUUUAUGGCGCCAGGAGAGGUGGAUACACAGGAUAAAAACAAGCAAACAGCUCUGCAUUGGAGUGCCUACUACAACAACCCUGAGCACGUGAAGCUGCUCAUCAAGCAUGAUUCCAACAUUGGGAUUCCCGAUGUUGAAGGCAAGAUCCCGCUUCACUGGGCAGCCAACCACAAAGAUCCAAGCGCUGUGCAUACAGUGCGAUGCAUUCUGGAUGCUGCUCCAACAGAGUCUUUACUGAACUGGCAAGACUAUGAGGGGCGAACACCUCUUCACUUUGCAGUUGCUGAUGGGAACAUGACAGUGGUUGAUGUCUUGACCUCAUAUGAAAGCUGCAAUAUAACAUCUUAUGAUAACUUGUUUCGAACUCCACUUCACUGGGCAGCUCUACUAGGCCAUGCACAGAUUGUCCAUCUCCUUUUAGAAAGAAAUAAGUCUGGAACCAUCCCAUCCGACAGCCAAGGAGCAACACCUUUGCACUAUGCAGCUCAGAGUAACUUUGCUGAAACAGUUAAGGUCUUUUUAAAACAUCCUUCAGUAAAAGAUGACUCAGACCUCGAAGGAAGAACAUCCUUUAUGUGGGCUGCUGGGAAAGGCAGUGAUGAUGUCCUCAGGACUAUGCUGAGUUUAAAAUCUGACAUUGAUAUCAACAUGGCAGACAAAUAUGGAGGUACAGCUUUACAUGCUGCUGCCCUUUCUGGCCAUGUCAGCACCGUGAAGCUAUUAUUGGAAAAUAAUGCUCAAGUAGAUGCUACUGAUGUCAUGAAACAUACUCCACUUUUCCGAGCCUGUGAGAUGGGACACAAAGAUGUGAUUCAGACCCUCAUUAAAGGUGGAGCAAGGGUAGAUCUAGUUGACCAAGACGGACAUUCUCUUCUUCAUUGGGCAGCGCUGGGAGGAAAUGCCGAUGUUUGCCAGAUAUUGAUAGAAAAUAAGAUCAAUCCAAAUGUGCAAGAUUACGCAGGAAGAACCCCUCUGCAGUGUGCUGCGUAUGGGGGAUACAUCAACUGCAUGGCAGUGCUCAUGGAGAAUAAUGCAGACCCUAACAUUCAAGACAAAGAGGGAAGAACAGCUUUGCACUGGUCCUGUAACAACGGAUACCUUGAUGCCAUUAAAUUACUACUAGACUUCGCUGCUUUUCCUAAUCAGAUGGAAAACAAUGAAGAGAGGUACACUCCCCUCGAUUAUGCUUUGCUUGGUGAGCGCCACGAAGUGAUCCAGUUCAUGUUGGAGCACGGCGCCCUGUCCAUCGCAGCCAUCCAGGACAUCGCUGCCUUCAAAAUCCAAGCUGUGUACAAAGGCUACAAGGUCAGGAAAGCUUUCCGAGACCGCAAGAACCUCCUCAUGAAGCAUGAGCAGCUGAGGAAAGAUGCUGCUGCCAAGAAACGAGAGGAAGAAAACAAGCGAAGAGAGUCAGAACAGCAGAAGGGAAGGCUGAGUCCAGAUUCCUGCAGGCCCCAGGCCCCUCCAUGUCUGCCCACCACCCAGGCUGAGCCCCACAGGCAGAGCGGGGGCCUCACCAAACAGCCUCCCACCAGCCAUGCGGCCCAGAGCCCUGAGCAGAGAACCUGCAGAGGGUCUCCGGGCAGAGCCCCCCCGGAGCAACACCUCUCCCCAGACUUGCAGGGAACAGACCCCAGAAAGCCAAAUGAAAUGUCCAGAGAACCUUCUAAAGGCCGAUCUGCCUGUGUCCACUUCAGCCCCGAUGAAGGCCACGAUGGGAACAGGUGCCCAGGAGUCUCCUCUGUUGACAAGUCCAGAGGUGAGACAGUGGGCGAGCAGCACUGUGACAAGGGGAAAGGCUCCGUGAGGCAGCCCUCCUGUGUCCGGGCGGCUGGGCCCGAGGAGAAGGGAGAGGACCCCGGCGGGGCAGCUGCCAGCCUUCCCCAGCAGGACGGCCACCGGAAGCCCUGCAGGCGGCAUGACGCAGCCCCCAAGGUCAAGUGUGCCUCCCAGAAAAGGCGCAUUCAGGAGCUCCGAGGAGGAAGGUGCUCCCCAGCUGGUUCUAGCCGGCCUGGCAGUGCCAAGGGGGAGGUGGUCCAUGCCGGGCAGAGUCCUCUCCACCAUCGGACACCAAGACACAAAGGGACACAGGACAAGCUGGAAGGAGAGAGCUACUCAGAUCCGCCCCGGCGGACAGAGGUGUUGAGGCCAGGAGUCAGGAAGGUGGGGCCAUCCACCCCAUCUGAGGACGCUCAGACACCUAAGGAGAUGCAUCCAGCUCCCGGGCCCCUCUCUGGGCAGAGUGUGAACAUCGACCUUCUUCCUGUUGAGCUGCGGCUGCAGAUCAUCCAGAGAGAAAGAAGUAGGAAAGAGCUGUUUCGCAAAAAGAACAAGGCGGCAGCGGUCAUCCAGCGGGCCUGGAGGAGCUACCAGCUCAGGAAGCACCUGUCCCACCUUCUGCAUAUGAAGCAGCAUGGAGCCAGAGAUGAGGACAGAUGGAACCGAGAAUGCAUGGCAUUGCUCCUCCAGGUUUGGAGAAAGGAACUGGAACUAAAACCCUCAAAAGCCACUGCAGUAAGCAGGACCACCAAGAAUCCAUCCAAGAGCAGCUCGGGCACAAAGUCCACCAGGCACUCAGUGCUCAAGCAAAUCUACGGUUGCUCUCAAGAAGGGAAAGUACAUCAUCCCACAAGAUCUUCAAAAGCCCAUUCUGUGCUGCGUCUCAACUCAGUGAGCAAUUUGCAGUGUAUACACCUUCUUGAGAACAGUGGAAGAUCAAAGAAUUUUUCUUAUAACCUGCAAUCAGCCACUCAAUCAAACAAAACAAAGCCUCGAAUGCCUAUGGAGGAAGACUGUGCCCGGGGUAACUGGAAUAAGCUAGUAUAGAGUUCUAAUUAUCUGUUGACUUUCUCUUACAUCUUGGAAAAACUUCAAUAUCCAUGCCUGAAGCCUUAUUAGCCUGAACAUGUGGUAACAACUGAAAGAACAUGUCAGAAUGCUUUCUUUCUGCUCCGACACAGCAUUGUUUGGAUAUUAUCUUAACCUGCACUGAGAAGACCAGGGUACACUAUGCCUAAUCAAAACUGUCUAGCUGUCUGCCUUCACCUGUCAGUGUGGCUAGAAAGGAGGAUGUAUAACUCUGUCAAGUCUAAGGAAAACUAAGGACAUGAGGGCUGCUGGGUUGGGAUUUCUGCCAGCCAGCUGGUCCAGGCCUGGUUUUCUGGCUUCAGAGAAGAACCUAAAUGAGACGGCAAGGAGCCUGUCCUGCAGCAACCACCUUCACUUCACUGUUUUUCCGGAAUCUGAUGCAACAAAUUUCAUUACAGAAGCUACAUCCUAUUAUUCCAUUAUCGGUUUUAAGUUUUAGACCAGAAUCAUGAUCCAGCGUUUGCUUUUAGAAAUUAUCUGUAAGAUCACAAUAGGUGCUCUGUUCACCUCUGCUGACUUCUUACAUAUUUUACAGUCGUGUUAGCCUCUGAAGGCCACAGGCUGCUGCCACGCCCUCUGUGAACAGAGAUGCUGGUAUCGCCAACACCAAGGAAAUCGGGCAGGUGUACAGACCAGGCAUUUAUGCACCAGGUACCAAGGCCUUAACAUUCCACUUGUAUUUUCUGCCCGACUUGCAGAGGUGAGCAAUCAUAUCAAAAUGCCAUUCCUAUUGAUGGGAAACUGCUAACUACAUACAUUCUAGCUCUCUAAGAAACACCUAGUUUAAACAAAAUCUAGUGUGGGGCUUUUUCACAUUUUUAAGGGCAAAGCUAAUGUAGGAAUGGAGACAGACACAAAGAGUGACAUAGGAGGCUCACAAAUACUUCUAGAACUGCUUCCAUUUUCUUAAGAUUACUGUCACCAUUGUCCUGACAGUAGAAAUAGGAAGCAACAAAGUAUUAAUGUAAUCCCCUUGAUUUUUUUUUUUAUAGUUUGCUAAUUAAAUUAUUUCCUGACUGGAAAAAUCAACCUAUCAUAGAAAACACAAUACAGCUGGUAAUUUUUGGAGACCUGUAAUGGGUUAGAAAAUACCUUUUAAAGUAGUUAUCUCAGACCAACCACCCUUUAGGUAUAGGAAAACCCAAAACAACAAUCUUGAAACCUUGCCCCCUGCACUAAGGGCUACAAAACCUCUGCAGAUGACACCGUCAUAGUGAGAAGUUCAGCAUCAUCCUGGGUAAGAGUAACCACCCCCCAACAAAACGAUGAGGUUUGCCUGGAUGGGAUCUCAAAGGUUUAGCUAAUUUUUUGGUAAAUAAUAGACAGUACCAUGUUAUCACUCUGUAUUUUGUAAAUAGUCGGUUCCUAUGAAAUGUAAAUAUCCUGCCACAUAUCACGUGCUACCCCAGGAAGCCAGCCUGCAUGGUUUUCCUACCUUAGUGCAAAAGAAUGUUCGUAACAACUUCUUUAAAAGUUCAGCUUU